AUUCUCUGAAUCAGCCGAUUUGGAACUCCAGUUCAGUUCUUUUGGCUGACUGCACUUGAGGAACAAAUACAUGACAAAUGGAUCCAGAAUUGGGGAUAUCUUAGGGAGAGUGUUAGUCCAGAGUUUGGCUUUGGCAUAGUAUUGACAAGGUCUGAAAUAGUGGUGGGAACAUGUCAAGCCGGGCAUUGUGGGAGUGGACGCUGCUGACUGUCCAACUGAAGCUCGUGGAAUGUGCUGUGCUCAGCGCUACGUCCACACUCUGUCACGUAUAGGGUGCCCGUGUUUCUCUCUACCUGGAUGUCACAUACUUUGUGAGUGUUCUUGCUGACCAAGUGUGUAGUAUGUGUGUGCGCUCAUGGGCAUCUACCAUGCACAAUAUCAGGAUAAGUUCUGGGUUUAGCUAUCAAGGAUGUACAACAUAAAGUAGAUUGCGGAAACCUUUAAGAAUUGCUUGGCGUAUCACUGUACAAAUUGCACACUAUUUCAAAGCCUAGUGGAGCCAGUGCGGAGGAAUUAUCUGCUGUCAGGUCCUGCGCCGGGCUGAUAAGGAGACGCAGAGCGCGCAGGGCCACCGCAAGGUUAGAAAAACGAUCACAGGGGGAAGGGAACAAAAAGUCCAGGACCAAUCAUGCCGUCCUCCACCAUGCAAAUGUUUGCCUUCAUUCUGGCAUUACUGGGGGUCCUGAGUGCAACUGUGGCCACUCUGCUACCCAACUGGAAAGUGAGUGCGGACGUAGGCUCCAAUAUCAUGACGGCGAUCUCUCAGAUGCAGGGACUGUGGAUGGACUGCACCUGGUAUAGCACAGGAGUCUUUAGCUGCUCGCUCAAGCAUUCAGUCCUGGCAUUGCCUGCUUACCUUCAGACAGCACGCACCACUAUGGUGCUUUCCUGCAUGAUGGCGACAAUCGGACUGUGCCUAGCAGCACUAGGGCUGAAAUGUACUCGCUGGGGUGGUAGUUAUCGCUCUAAGGGACACACUGCCAUUUCCGCAGGGGCUUGCUUCAUCAUAGCCGGGGUCCUGUGCCUGGUGCCCGCAUCCUGGUUCACUAAUGAGGUCAUCACUACUUUUAUGGACUCCAAAGUGCCCAAGAGCAGCAAGUAUGAGCCAGGUGCCGCAGUGUACGUAGCAUUUGUGUCGGCAGGAUUCCUUUUAGCUGCAGGCGUCAUCUUCUGCUUAUCAUGCCCUGGAAAAAGAGGUGGUCCACUGGAUUUGGGCUCGUCCCACCCUGGCAAGUCAAAACAGCAGCAGCUGUGCAAGGAGCAGCCGAACCGUGGCCAACAGAAACAGCAGCACAGAGAACAGCAGAGUCAGACUGAGCCACCAGAACGAGAGCAAGUACACCAGAAACAGCUUCAAGCAGAUGAUCGUCUGCAAGACAAGCCGGUGCUGGAGAGGCUGAACCUGGAGCAGGACAAGCAGUACCGCUCUCCAUCCCGAAAUCUAGAUGCCAAGGCCGUCUAUAGUCUUCACGACUAUGUGUAAAUAACUGCAGUCGACUCCAAGUGUGUUCCAGGGUAUUCUUUCUGAUCAGACUGCAUUUCUUUGUGAGUGGCAUAAAGAGGAGGAGAAAAGCAGUGAAGCAGCAGGAGAAUAAUGACUUUGAUGGCGUUAUCAACCCUUCUCAUCUGUUCUUUCGCUUACAGCGAGCGUGAACAUUGGAGGUAUUUCCAAAGCCCGGAGCAGACAAACUGAGGACUGUUAAUCCUCCGGUAAAUGUUUUAAUGCAACUACAAAUAAAAAGGGUGUGGAAUGAUGACAUAUAAUUAAAAUGAAACAUUUGAGGGGAAUACUGAGCAGACUGGUGAAGGACAGGUUUAAAGAAUAUAUGCUUUUGCUUACCAAAGGUUUGGAAAAAUUAUAGAGUUUAAUUUGUCUGCUUAUAACCAUUACUAUGUCAAAAUAAUUAAAGCUAAUUAUCUCAAGAGAACCCUUUUGUGAAAUGGAACUGUGAUCAAUGUAUAAUUAGCCAGUUUUGUCAGCUUUAAUUCUGAAGCUUAUAGAUUUAUGUUUAGGCUGUAUUUGCAUGUUGUUUUUAGAUUAAUCCAUUAAUAGUGCAUCAAAACCGAAACAGUUGUUGGGCUAAUCACACUUGCACCUGAGAACGCUUCUUACAACCAGCUGUCCAUUAAAUGGUGCGUGUUUGAGACUCUUCACAAAGAGAUUUUGAAAUGUCCAGUCCAUAUUUUUCAAAGAAUGGGGAUGGGGGGAGGAACAGUAGUGCAGAUCAUCUGAGGUAAUGAUGCUCUUUGCUUUUCCAUUAGGUUUUCAAUGGAUGGGUGCACACUGCUCAUUUAUUGCCAGCAUGCACAGCUACACUAACACACACACAUAAGCUUUCCUUCCCUUCCUCAUACUCUUGAUAGAAGGGUAAUAGGGUCUUGCACCCAAUCAUAUUGAUGCUGUGCGUCCGUGUGUCAUGCCUGCAGGAAACUGUGUUGUUGCUGUUUGAGGGCAAACAGGACGUAGUAACACGCUGUUCUGUCUCUUGUGGAAAAGUGGAACCAAUGUGAGGAAAAUCUUAGCAGGACUCCCCCGCUGGGAAACAAUCGCACCUUUGGUCCACAUCUCAAUUCCGUAGAACCAUUUUGCAAUAUUUUCUGAUUGCUGUGGUAUUUAUGUCUACAGUCAAGCCAUUGAAUGUAUUACUCUGAGUCUGCUUAAGAGAGAUAAUGUACAAAGAAAUGUACAAUGUUCGACUAAAAAAGCUAAAACAAGCGCUGUGCCUCACUCUUUGUGAUCUUAUUGCAGGACUGCCAUUGUCUCCAGAGACGCCAUUUGUGGGACAUUUUCUGCCUUUCAUUUUGCCUUACAUGCAAGCACACAUGCUGCUCUUUGUUUUUGAUACACAUGUACAGGAUGCUUCAACAGAAAUUAGCAUAAAGACUGACAGUAAGAAUGAAAGCGUCUAUUUGGUUACGGAAAAAAAUUAUGUCAAUUUCAUUUAACUAAGUGUUUUCCUUUUGCUUUGUUGUGCAUGUGUGCGUGAUGUGUACAUUAAGGUCCAAAAGUCUGAGACCACUAGAGAAAAUGCUUCGGUUUGUAUUCUUUUCUAAUUUAAUACUUUUUUCAUUACAAAUUAUAGUGUCAGUUUAACAAUUUGAGUGAAAAGUAAGAGUUUCUUAGUAUUUUUAAUUAUAAAAAUCCCAAUUUUAUUUAACGAGGUUUCAGACAUUUGGAUCCCACAGUAUGUUACAGGCUACACUCACACCACAGCCCAAACCUGAUUAGCUCUAACGCCCAUUUCACACAUACUCCGUUUGCAGUGCGGUGCAUAUUUUUUUCCGUACCCAUGUUAACAGGUUAGAGCUUUUACACUGCGCGCGGAUGCAGUCCGUCGAUCCGUUGCGGUGCGUAUACAGCAGUGCAGCAAUGGUUUCCGCACCGAGUCUAUUUUUGCUGUGCUGCACCGCACUGAAUUAAAGUGGCAGCGUAUUGUUCACAUUAAAAUAGACAUAGAUUGACAAGAAACUGUAAUAAUUUCAUCAUAUAUGCAUAAUUUCAGUUAAUGUGUUCUACAGUUACUAAAUUACAGGGUCAAGAAAAACAAAAAAGUAUGAUUAUAGUCCCAAAAGUUGCAAAAUGCCAUCAUAUAUGAUUUUUUUACCCUAAAAAAGACAGAGUGAACGCAAAUGCGCCUCAUUCUUCUUCUUCUUAGCAACAGAUAUAUAGCGCAAUAGCUUUUUUUCUGUCAACAACUCGAACUACAUGUAAAACAAAGAAUCACAAUGAUUAAAAUUAAUUUUCAUACUGUUUCAAUGUCUUAAACAAUGUCAAAGUUAACGUUUGGAUUUAAAAUCAAAAUUACUUACACGUUUUUGAUUUUGUGGCACACAGAAACUGCGGAUCAGUAGCGCACUGCAAACGCAGCAUAUGUGAAAGCGCUAUAGCGCAUGCUGCUCCAGUACCGUAUACGCACUGCAUACGUACCGCAUACGCACUGCAAACGGAGUAUGUGUGAAACGGGCGUAAUGAGGCAGAUCUGGUUUUUGAAUGUGUGAACAACAAAAAUCUAAGUUAAUCUGACAUUUUCUUUUCUGAUCUAGGCAACUUUUGGAAUUUGCUGAAUUUUUUGUUGACUUAGCAUUCAUUCAAAUGUUGUGUUUGAUUUACUGUUGCCAUGUAUUAGAAAAUAAUUUAUGAAUUGUGCUAUCUGAAAUAUUACACAAAAAGUUAUAUAUAUAUUUGUUUAUAAUAUGUAUUAAUGUACAGUUAUGUCACAAGGAAACUUGCCAUAAUAGUGUCAAUACAAAUUGAGAAAAGAAGUUGCUACUGAAUUACAGCUACUGUAAUUCAUAGACAUUUCAAAGUUCUUCUUUAUUUGUAUAAUCAUGUUAAAUUAUAUUGUUAUGAUAAAUGUGCCAGGUUAGGGUGUUUUAUGCAGGUCAGUUUAGGAGCACUGUUUGCACACAUAAGAGUUUGAGAGAUAAUAAUCGACAAAUAUUUGCAGUCUGUUCCUAAUAACUUCUCUUCUAUCAUGACACAGCGAAUGUUGACUAAUUUUUCUAAUUUUUGUAUAAAGGAGAAGACUUUCAUGGAUCAUGGUUUUAUUUAUUUAGGAUAUUUAUUUUAAAUUCCUAUGGUUCGGUCACACUAGGCUUUAGACCCAGCAACAAAUAAAGGAAACAGAAUACAUAUUUUCAAAUUGGCAAGUCAGAGUUCACCAAAUGUGUAUGGGUAACACUUGUUCUAUUUGUUAACAUUAGAAAAUCUAUUAUGUAUCAUGAACUUUGAACAAUAUCUGUACAGCAUUUUAUUUUUAAUAUAUUGAUUAGUCAAUUUUAACAGCAUAAAUUGCUAUUUAUUGUUAUAUUGUUAUAACUAACUUAUUGUUAGUUCAUACUGCAUUGACUAACAUAUGCAACUUUAAAUUUUUUAGAUGUAUUAGUAGCCUAUUUGUUGAAAUCAACAUUAACCAAGAUUAAUAAGUCCUGUAAAAUGAUUGCUUAUUUAUUACUUCAUGUUAAGGUAGUCAACAAUGUUUACAAAUACAACCUUUUAACUUUGGUAUGCAGUGAAAGAUGGAAAGUGUAAAGUCUAGUGUGACCAGACCUUUCAUUUUGAUUUCUCUAUUUUGACAUGAAAAAAAUAAGGGCUCUGUUUAGUCUAUUCAGUUGACAGACUAACAAUGUGUGGACAGUAAUCAUGUAAAACUAUAAAAUCCUAAUAAAGCACAAGCCUGUACAACAGAAAAUGUAUGU